UUUAUUGUUUCCCUUACGGACUGUAUGAUUGGCGACGAAUUGCUGUUACUCUCUAUGAACAGAAAGAUCAGCUACAUAUGGCAUCAUGAUAAUACCUUCACUCUUUCCCAAUUCAUUCUCAAUACUAAUUUCGAUAUCAAUCUCUUUCUGUCUGUCUUAUUUCACAUCUCAUUCACUCGGCUUCAUUACUCCACCCUGCUCUACGACUACGAUUCGAUGGUGCAUCGCGCUUUCUUCAAUCCCACACAUCACUAGCAAACUCUUUAUCGGCGGUCUCAAUUGGGACACAACAGAUGAAGGUUUAAGAAAUUACUUUUCACAGUUUGGCAAGGUUGAUGCUUGUACUAUCAUGCGAGAUCCAUCAGGAACUUCGCGAGGGUUUGCUUUUUUGACUUUUGAGGAUCCCAAUGCAGUCGUUACUGUCACUGCUCGGGAACAUUUUCUCGACGGUAAAGCUAUUGAUCCUAAGCGUGCAAUUCCCCGCGAAGAGCAUCUGCGUAAUACGCGGUACUUUGUUGGUGGUCUUGCUCCCUCUACAACGUCCGAUUCUAUGAAAGAAUUUUUCACGACCUACGGAAAAGUAGUAGAUGCGACUGUCAUGUUAGAUAGAGAGUCUGGACGUUCAAAAGGCUUCGGGUUUGUCACGUUCGAGGAUGCAAAUAAUGCAGACCAGUUGGUUGGUAAGAACAUUGUCCUUGAUGAAAAGCAGAUCGAAGUCAAAAUGGCUCAACCUCGGAGUCAGCGCGACCAAAAUCGCAGCAACACAGGCAACGCCAAUGCCAAUUCAUCAGUCAUCAACAAUCCGAUCAACAAUUCUUUCGAGAAUCGCAUGUCCCAGACGAACAUUCCAUUUAUACCUCAACAACAAAACCCCAUGUCGAACAUGAUGUUUCAGCGGUCGAUGGGUCAGAUACCGAUGAUGGGGCCCGGAAUACCCAUGAUGAACGUGAAUCCCAUGGGCAUGAUGGGUAUGAAUAUGCAAAGCUUCAAUCCUAUGGCAAGCAUGAUGAGUGGAGGUGGUAUGGGCACCAGUGGCGGUGCUGGUAUGGGUGGUGUAGGCGGUAUGAACAUGAUGGGUGGGAUGAAUGGUAUGGGAGGGGUUGGUGGGAUAAACGCUCUGAAUGCUAUGAACGCUAUGGGGAACCCCGGUGCCAUGCGGUUAGGAAUGGGACCUAUAGGCGCCACGGGCGGAAUGAAUCAAUCCACGAUGAUGGGCGGUUCAGGAAUGGGUGGUGUAGGUGGUAUGAUGCAGAUGCGUCAAGGAGCCAACAUGGGUGCCGGGAUGGUCAUGCCGUUCGGAAGGAUGACAACUAACGCUGCAGGUCCCGGGCCAAUGCGAAUGCACAGCCGGGGUCAGCACAAUUUCCAUCCUUACGCACGUUGAAGAAAUUUGCUUUUGCCCAGGUUAUGCCACUGUAUUUUGGACGUGAAUAUCAUACUCAAGGACAUUAAUCACCUACAAUAUAGCCCGUUACUCAU